AUGGAAGAAGGUUUGAUAGAAGGUGCUGGUGGUACUCCGUGGACCUGCCCUGCCAGAGGUGGAAGCUCUGCCAGACGUGACGUGACAGCUGAGCUGACUUCUGAAGAGAUGAGGUCACUGAUUGAUGAUAUGCCCCUGGACUGGAGGUGCAAAGGUGCCACCUUGCUCUCCCGCACCGCUGCCGCUGGCCCGUGCGUGCUCCCAAGGGGCCUUGUCCAGAAUCCCCUGCUUCACGAGUCGACGAGAGAUACCCUCACGCGCCCACCCAGGACUCUCCCCACGCAACAACACAUCAUGAGGGUGUCCGCCAUUGCCUGCGGGCUUUUUGCCUGCUUCGUUUCCCAGGUCGCUGCCACGGCAUUGACCUACAAGCUCCACGCCAAUGAGAAGGCCUGCUUCUACGCCAAGACCCAGAAGGAUAACGAGAAGAUUGCCUUUUACUUUGCCGUCCAAUCCGGUGGUUCCUUCGAUGUCGACUACACCGUCACCGGCCCGGGCAACAAGAUGAUCCUCGAUGGAGCCAAGGAGCGCCAGGGCGACUUUGUCUUCACGGCCCAGCAGAUGGGCGACUACGAGUUCUGCUUCAACAACGAGAUGAGUACCUUUGCCGAGAAGUUUGUCGACUUUGAGAUUGCCGUCGAGAACGAGGUUCGCGCUCAGCUUCCCGCCAAGCAGGGUGCCUCUCCCGAACAGCACUCCACCCUCGAGGAGACCAUCUUCAAGCUCUCCGGCCAGCUCUCGACCAUCUCGAGAGGCCAGAAGUACUUCCGCACCAGAGAGAACCGCAACUUCAGCACUGUCCGCAGCACCGAAGGCCGCAUCAUCAACUUCAGCAUGAUCCAGUGCGCCCUCAUCGUGCUUAUGGGAGCUCUGCAGGUGUUUAUCGUUCGCUUCUUCUUCCAGGGCGCGCGCAAGGGCUACGUAUGA